GGUUCAGUACCCUUUUCUUUGUUUUGACAGUCUGAGAAUAAUCCAAUGGGUGUGGCUUAAAGACAUCGGUCACGUGUGGAAUUGGAAUUGGAUGUUACACAAGCAACAAAAUAAAUAUCUGUGCAAUACAUCUGCUUUAUGCACUCAAGCAGAGAAGAAAUCCACAAAGACUCAACAGUCUCCUGGUCUGCAAAGAAGACAGAAACAACAUGAGCACAGCAGGAAAAGUCAUCAAAUGCAAAGCAGCUGUGCUAUGGGAGGUAAAGAAACCCUUUUCCAUUGAGGAUGUGGAGGUUGCACCUCCUAAGGCUUAUGAAGUUCGCAUUAAGAUGGUGGCUGUAGGAAUCUGUCGCACAGAUGACCACGUGGUUAGUGGCAACCUGGUGAGCCCCCUUCCUGCGAUUUUAGGCCAUGAGGCAGCCGGCAUCGUGGAGAGUGUUGGAGAAGGAGUGACUACAGUCAAACCAGGUACAGGAUUCACACUCGGGGAACACGCUUGGUUCACCAUCCCAGGAUUUCCCAGCCUGGAUGAGGAAACCGAGGCAACGAGAGACAGAAGGGCUUGCAGAAGGUCACCGCGCAGCCAGGACAUCAGGGGUUUCCUCUUUCCCUCUCUGCCUGCCUGACUCAAGCAUGUAUGUCUUCAGGCAC